GAUCCUAUAAAUUAUGGCCCUCAAACUAUUAUCCUUAUCAAGCUUUUUCUUAUUUUAUUCUUUCUCUCUCCUACACAAUGGCCUUGUCUUCUAUAUCAAUCUUUAUUCAUUGUCUUGUUGAUCCACUUCCUCGAAAACAAACUUCAAAAACUCUUCCGUCUAACCAUAUAGAUUUUAAGUCUGCCUUCAAUGUUGCAAAUUGGAGCAUUAAUCAAACUCUGGUUUCUCCUCUUUCAGCUCAAUGUAUCCAUUUAACUGAUGAAGAUGUCAGGAUUAAGGAGAGAAGGACGAGGGCUUUCAAGCAUAUCCUAAGGAAAGAAGGUGAAGGUUCACAUGAAGUUUUGGCCAUGAUUGAUGCUAUACAACGCCUUGGCAUUGACCAUCAUUUCCAAGAUGAGAUUGAUGAAAUUUUGCAGAGGCAAUAUACCAUACCUAGCUAUUAUAAUGACAAUGAUCUUCACGGUCUUGCCCUUCGAUUUCGACUCUUGAGACAAGGAGGUUACAAUGUCUCCGCAGCAACUUAUACAGGAGUGUUUGAUAAAUUUAAAGACAAGGAGGGAAAUUUCGAUCAAAAAUUAAGUGAUGACAUUAGAGGACUUAUGGAAUUAUAUGAAGCUUCACAACUAAGUAUAGGUGCAGAAGAUCAUAUACUUGAUGAAGCUGGAGACUACAGUCACCAGCUUCUCAGUUCAUGGAUGACACUUCUUGACGAUUCUCAAGCUAGAAUAAUAAAGAAUACUCUCGACCACCCACAUCACAAAAACUUAGCCAGAUUCAGGGCCACAAAUUUCAAUAGAUAUUUUCAUAUGGCAAAUAUAGAAGGGUGGAUGAAUGAAUUGCAAGAACUUGCGAAGAUUGAUUUUCAGAUGGUUCAAUCUCAAAACCAACAAGAGAUUUUUCAAGUAGCAGGGUGGUGGAAGGACCUUGGCAUAUCUAAAGAGCUCAAAUUUGUGAGAAAUCAACCACUUAAAUGGUAUAUAUGGUCGAUGGCAACUCUUUCAGAUCCAAGCUUGUCACAACAACGAAUUGAUCUCACAAAACCUAUAUCAUUUAUCUACAUAAUAGAUGAUAUUUUUGAUGUUCAAGGCUCGCUGGAUGAACUGACAUUAUUCACUGAAAUUGUGAAAAGAUGGGACGUUGAAGCCGUAGAACAACUGCCAGGCUACAUGAGGGCAUGCUUCAAAGCUCUUGACAGUGUCACUAAUGAAAUUGGCUACAAGGUCUAUAAACAGCAUGGCUGGAAUCCUGUACACUCUCUAAGAGAAACAGUACAUAUCCCAACAUGGGCAAGUUUGUGCAAGGCAUUUCUAGUAGAAGCAAGAUGGUUUGCUUCGGGUCACUUGCCAGCUGCUGAAGAGUACUUGCAAAAUGGGAUUGUGAGUUCAGGUGUACAUGUGGUUCUAGUUCACAUUUUCUAUCUACUGGGUCAUGGUGUAACCAGAGAAGGUGUUGAUUUUAUUGGCAAUAGACCAGCCAUAAUAACUUCCACCGCUACAAUUCUUCGGCUUUGGGAUGAUUUAGGUAUCUCCAAGGAUGAGAAUCAAGAUGGUCAUGAUGGAUCAUAUGUAGAAUGUUACGUUAAAGAACACAAAGGGUCAUUGGUAGAGAUCGCAACAAAAAAAGUAACAGUGAUGAUUUCAGAUGCAUGGAAACAACUAAACCAAGAAUGCCUACAUCCCAAUCCAUUUUCACCAAAUUUUACCAAGUCUUGCCUUAACCUUGCAAGGAUGGUGCCUUUGAUGUACAGUUAUGACGAUAACCAUCGUCUUCCAGUUCUUGAAUAUUAUACCAAAUCUCUCCUUUUUGAAUCUGUCUCCAUUUAAAACACUAUACAAUAUAAUGGGAAAUUAAUUAGAACACGGUUCUUGUUA